CUGGCGGCCAUUUUGGCGGCGCCUCCUCUCUCUGGCCUGCUCAGUUACCACGUGAACCGGCCUCCGCCUGGGGCUUGCUGCGGAGCAGGGGUAACCGGGCACAGGCAUCCCGGCGGCAAGGGAAGCCGCACAGAGUUAGAAGGGGAAGUUGCCGUAGCAAACGACGGCAGUGCUGGUGGUAGCGACGCCCUGGCGUGGAGUCCCUCCUGAGAGGCGGCGGUAGGGGUGGUGAUCAAGGGAGCAGGUUCACCGGCCCGGUCGUAGCAAGAAGGGCGGAGGCGGCGGCGGCGGCGGCGACAGCAAUAGCAGGGACAAUGCCGUCAGUGAGCCUCCCGCCGAAGGAAAACGCGCUCUUCAAGCGCAUCCUGAGGUGCUAUGAACACAAACAGUACAGGAACGGUCUGAAAUUUUGCAAACAAAUACUUUCUAACCCAAAGUUUGCAGAACAUGGGGAAACCUUGGCUAUGAAAGGAUUGACAUUAAACUGCUUAGGUAAAAAAGAGGAGGCAUAUGAACUGGUUCGAAGGGGGCUAAGAAAUGAUUUGAAGAGUCAUGUCUGCUGGCAUGUCUAUGGUCUUCUUCAAAGAUCAGACAAGAAAUAUGACGAAGCCAUCAAAUGUUACAGAAAUGCACUGAAAUGGGAUAAGGACAAUCUCCAAAUCUUGAGGGACCUUUCACUGCUACAAAUUCAAAUGAGGGAUCUAGAAGGUUACAGGGAAACUAGGUAUCAGUUACUUCAGCUGAGACCUGCACAGAGAGCAUCAUGGAUUGGAUAUGCUAUAGCUUAUCAUUUGCUGGAAGACUAUGAAAUGGCAGCAAAGAUUUUGGAGGAAUUUAGGAAGACCCAGCAGACCUCUCCUGAUAAAGUAGACUAUGAGUAUAGUGAGUUGCUAUUGUAUCAAAAUCAAGUUCUCCGAGAAGCAGGACUUUAUAAAGAAGCUUUGGAUCAUCUUGGAACCUAUGAAAAGCAAAUCUGUGACAAGUUAGCCGUUGAGGAAACUAAAGGAGAACUUCUGUUACAACUCUGCAGGCUGGAAGAGGCAGCUGAGAUUUAUAGAGGAUUGCAAGAAAGAAAUCCUGAAAAUUGGGCUUAUUAUAAAGGUUUAGAAAAAGCACUUAAACCAGCUAAUAUGUUAGAGAGGUUCAAAAUCUAUGAAGAGGCCUGGACUAAAUACCCAAGGGGACUAGUUCCAAGACGACUGCCAUUAAACUUUUUAUCGGGUGACAAGUUCAAGGAGUGUUUGGACAAAUUUCUGAGGAUGAAUUUCAGCAAAGGCUGCCCGCCAGUUUUCAAUACAUUACGGUCGCUAUACAAGGAUAAAGAAAAGGUGGCAAUUAUAGAGGAACUAGUGGUGGGUUAUGAAACUUCUCUGAAAGGUUGCAGGCUGUUUAACCCAAAUGAUGAUGGUAAAGAAGAACCUCCAACUACUUUACUCUGGGUCCAGUACUACUUGGCACAGCAUUAUGACAAAAUUGGGCAGCCAUCCAUAGCUCUAGACUAUAUAAAUGCUGCAAUAGAAAGCACACCUACCUUGAUAGAACUGUUCCUUGUGAAAGCUAAAAUCUAUAAGCAUGCUGGAAACAUAAAAGAAGCUGCAAGGUGGAUGGAUGAGGCUCAGGCACUGGACACAGCAGAUAGAUUUAUCAACUCCAAAUGUGCAAAGUACAUGUUAAAAGCCAGCUUGAUAAAAGAAGCUGAAGAAAUGUGUUCUAAAUUUACAAGGGAAGGAACAUCAGCUGUGGAAAACCUGAAUGAAAUGCAGUGUAUGUGGUUCCAGACAGAAUAUGCCCAAGCUUAUAAAACAAUGAAUAAAUUUGGAGAAGCACUUAAAAAAUGUCAUGAAAUUGAAAGACAUUUUGUAGAAAUCACAGAUGACCAGUUUGACUUCCACACAUACUGUAUGAGGAAAAUUACACUUCGGUCAUAUGUAGACUUGUUAAAACUAGAAGAUGUACUUCGACAGCACCCAUUUUAUUUUAAAGCUGCAAGAAUUGCCAUAGAAAUAUACUUGAAGCUCCAUGAUAACCCUCUGACGGAUGAAAAUAAAGAACAUGAAACUGAUACAGCAAAUAUGUCUGAUAAAGAGUUAAAGAAGCUACGCAAUAAACAGAGGAGAGCUCAGAAAAAAGCUCAACUGGAAGAAGAAAAAAAGAAUGCUGAAAAAGAGAAGCAGCAACGAAAUCAGAAAAAGAAAAAAGAUGAUGAUGAUGAAGAGAUUGGAGGGCCAAAGGAAGAGCUUAUUCCUGAGAAAUUGGCAAAGGUUGAAGCACCUUUGGAAGAAGCUAUUAAGUUUUUAACUCCGUUGAAGAAUUUGGUGAAGAACAAAAUAGAAACCCAUCUUUUUGCCUUUGAAAUUUACUUCAGGAAAGAAAAAUUUCUUCUUAUGCUACAAUCUGUGAAGAGAGCAUUUGCUAUUGAUCCUAAUCAUCCAUGGCUUCAUGAGUGUAUGAUACAUCUCUUCAGCAGUGUUUCUGAAAGUAAAGAUCUACAAGAAACGGUCAGGACAGUGUUGAAUCAAGAAAUGAAUCGACUUUUUGGGGCAACUAAUCCAAAGAACUUCAAUGAAACUUUCCUUAAACAGCACUAUAAUUCUUUACCACAUAGAUUGUCUGCUGCCAAAAUGGUAUACUAUUUGGAUUCUACAAGCCAGAAAAGAGCUGUGGAACUGGCAACUUCACUUGAUGAAUCUCUAGCAGACAGAAAUCUUCAGACAUGCAUGGAGGUAUUGGAAGCAUUGAAUGACAGUAGCCUUGGAGACUGUAAAGAGGCAGCUGAAGUGUACAGAGCAAAUUGUCAUAAGCUUUUCCCAUAUGCUUUGGCUUUUAUGCCCCCUGGAUAUGAAGAAGAUAUGAAGAUCACAGUUAAUGGAGACAUAUCUGCAGAAACUGAAGAAUUGGCCAAUGAAAUAUGAACUUUAAAAGGAGUGGAAUGAUUUUGGACUGUAUCUGGUGUAUAAUAUUUUUGUCACGCACCUGCUGAAUUGUUCUAACUUACAGAGAAUGGAAGGAGAAAAAAAGUUGCCUUCAAAGUUUUACUUUUUUUUAUCCUGCUGACGAAGUAUAUAAUAUAAAGUAACGUAUUGCUGGAAAUAGAUGGCUCAAUUAAAGAAAAUUAAAGAAAAGCUAAGCACUGCUAAAAUUGAAAAGUAUCCCUUAUCUACAUACCCGGUUUUUAAACUAAUUUAUAUGGAAUCUGAAGGCUUAACACCCCAUUGGAGCAGGUGUGUGGCAGAAAUAUUACUUUAAAUUUGUCUUGUUGAGAUAAGUAUCUCAGACAGCAAAAAAUGCUGUUUUAGCACUGGAUCCUUUUCACUGAGCACAAAAAGUUGUUGGGGCUUUAGCAUCUGACUGAUUUUGAUACAGAGAUGAUUCUACCCUUUGGAAGUAUGCAAUGUGAAUCACUAUUUGCAAACAAACCUGCAACACAUAUUUAAUGUUGUUGUAGAGACUGGGACUUAAAAUAUGAAGCAAAAUAACGAAACAUAAGGUGUUCAGAAAGCUUGUUGUGUCUCCGAAAUUCACUGCACGUGAUCAGUUUGGUGUUCUUGCACCACAGUUUUUAAAUGAAGGAACUGGUUAGAAUAUAUUUUUUUUAAUUCAGUUUUGAAAAAAAAAUAAUUGAUGUUUAGGAGAUGUGAAUGACAACAAUGUUGGCUAAUUUUUUUAAAAAAACUGUAAUGCAAGAACAAAUGAAUUAUGCACUGUGAUGUGGCACCAACUCAUUAGAAAGACAGCAUGUAGUUUUCACGUACAGUGAAAAUAUAAAUGAUAUUCAUUCAACUAUGGAUUGAAAUUUUUAAGAGAUGAACUCCUGACUAUGAAUUUGACUGAUUGAGAGACUAAUUGUUUAAAACCUCAGCAGGCCUUGUUCACGUUAUGCAGGAAAAAAAAGUGCUGCAGUUUAGAUACCUCUGAAACUUUUCCACAGUGUCACAGGUUUGUAAUACUUGAAGCCCUACAUUUCUAAGAAUAUAUUUCUUGCUCAGUUAUUUCAGGCAAGCCCAUGACUUUGUAACUUUUAAGGGGCCCAAGAUUUUUUUUCAAUAACAGACCAGCUUCUUAUCCCUGCAGUUACAGAUGUAAUUUCCUUUGUCAAACAUAAGGUACCAAAUAUAAUGCAAUAAAAUGUUUUGAAAAAGAGUUGUGUGACUAUAGAAUUUGAAAACUGCUGUCAGGAGAUGUAGUGCAAGUUCAGCGUAACAUCAUAAAAGAUUUAUAUUAGUGUUGGUGAAAUCCCACAAUGCAUAAUGCGACAGUGUUUGGAGACACUACUCCCCCGUCCCCCCUCUCCUUCAAUAAAGCUAACCAUAAUGACUGCCACUGUGAAUAAUGAUUUGCAAUUUGGCAAUCAUGGGUGCUCAAAUUAGUAAAUACCUCUGUGAAAUAUAUCCCCACAAAGAUAAUGCGAAUUUAUAUGAAUUAGAAAAUUUGCAAUCAGAAAUUGAAAGUACAGUGUAGAAAAUGCUAAAAACAAAUGCCAGUAUGAAAAAAAUCAAAACAACUAACACUUUGUGAUUUUCAUUGUUGUACAUCUCUUUAGAGAUAUCAUUACUCUUUCUGUGAUAAGAACAAUUUAAAAGUAUUGACUGAU